UCCUUCUCUUUUAUCCAUAAUUGUGAAUUUAAUUCGAAGAUUGAUCUUUAAUCUGACUUUUUAUACUAUUAAGUUGAUUAGCGAUUUCUCAUAUGUAUGUAGUUGUGCUUAUUCCCUUUCUGUGAUAUUUUUCUGGUGCAAAUGUUUUGAAUGUGCUCUGGUAAAAUCAUUAGUUAAUGUAAGCGGAUUAGGGAUUGAAUAAUAAAUAACUUUUGGAGAUGUAUUGAAAAGAAGGGGACGGACGGGAUGUUUUAUCCUACAAUGUAUGUAUCUUGAUUGAAUAAGGCUGAAAGAAAUCUUGGAGGGGCUUCAAUUCAGAUUUUUAAUUCUGUUUUCCUCGACUCUCGUUUAGAGUUAAAAACAGAUGUAGAUAUUCAAUAUCAUAUUCAAGUUAAAAGCACCUAGAGUUUUAGUUGUAAUAGGGGGAAAAUGUGCAGAAGAAUUCAAUAACUUAACAACUGUGCCAUUUUGUUCUAAAUAAUGUCCAUUCUGUCAUGUUAAUUUUUAGUAGGCUGUAUACUUUCUGGUAGUUUUAAGGAUAAUUUCCCAUUCAUGGGUUUAUGAAUUGCCAGCAGCUGACCAUGUUAACAACUGAGUGCUCCUUGGCUUUGUAUUCUAAGGUAUCGCAAUCCUCCCAAUUACAUUUUUCUUUCUCGUCCUCUCCUCUUUGUGUUUUUCCCGUGGCACUUGGGCUCUAACAGUUGAGAUAAAUCUAAAUGGUGGAAUAUGAAAGUAGAAUUUUGUGUUAAAUAAUUCAUUUGCAAGCAUGAGAUGCUGGAAGUCUCAUGUUAUCCAAUCCUCAAAAUUGUGCAAUUGGUGCAUGGGAUAAGGCUAUUAACAAGUGGAUGUCUGAGGUAAGUGCACUCUACACAGCCAUGAUUAUGAAUUCGAUGCUAUUCUCUUGAUGUUUCCUUCAGGUUUGCCAUUCAGCUGGUGAUAGUUGCCAUGCGUGUGGUGCCAUCUCUUUAUAGUUUUAAUGUGUGGACUUCUUCGCUAUCCUUCUCCUUACCCAGCAAUGACUCGGCCUGCAUUCCCUCCACUUCCACCUGGAACUAUUGGUGUGAUUCCAACAUUUUCACGGCCUCCUGUUCCUGGUGUUCACCCAAUUAUUCCUCCUAUCAUCAGACCAUCUAUUCCCAAUGUUACUCCAACAGAGAAGCCACAAACUACAGUUUAUAUUGGCAAGAUAGCACCAUCUGUGGACAAUGACUUCAUGCUCUCUCUUCUUCAUCUUUGUGGAUCUGUCAAGAGUUGGAAACGUCCCUCUAAUGGGGCUCCAAAAAGUUUUGGGUUUUGUGAAUUCGAGUCUGCUGAAGGGGUUCUUCGUGCAUUACGUCUACUUAGUAAAUUUAAUAUUGACGGACAAGAAUUAAUGGUAAAUGUUAAUCAAGCAACAAAGGAUUAUCUGGUGAAAUAUGUUGAAAAGAAAACUGAAAAUGAAAAGAAACCAAAUGAAGCUUCAGCUGCAGGGUCUGAUAAAGAAGGUGAAAAUGCAGUAGAUAAUGAGAAGAAUGAAUCCUCGACAAUUUCUGUUGAGAACUCAAAAAACGGUGACAGUGACAACAAAGAAAAAAAUAUUGUUGACAUUGCCAACUCUGGCAUUGUUACUGAUGAAGACCUUGAGGCUGAUCGAGAUGCUUCAGAGAAGCUUGCUGGCAUGAUUGAGGAGAGGUUAAAGACCAAUCCUCUCCCUCCACCUCCUCCACUAACUGCUCCUGAUGCUGGUAAAUCAAAUUCAGAUGUUGAUCUAGUAAGAAAUGAUGGAACUGAAGGUAAAAAUGAUGAUGAGACUACCAGUGAGAGCAAAGCGACAACUGAAAAUGAUCGACCGGAGACAAGUUCACCAGAACGUAGGCAUGAUAGGAGUAGAGACAGAGAGCAAGAUCAUAAGAAGGAGAAGGAGCGUGAAAUUGAAAGAUUAGAAAGAGAGACAGAGCGGGAAAGGAUGAGAAAAGAGAGGGAGCAGAGAAGGAAGAUUGAGGAGGCAGAGCGUGAGUAUGAAAAAUUUCUUAGAGAUUGGGAGCAAAGAGAAAAGGAGAAGGAGAAGCAGAGACAGUAUGAGAAGGAGAGGGAAAAAGAGAGGGAGCGGAAACGAAAGAGGGAGAUUUGCUAUGAUAUAGAAGAGGAUGAUGAUGAUGAUUCGAGAAAAAGGUUGCGCAGGGGUGUUUUGGAGGAAAAAAGGAGGAAGAGGUUGCGGGAGAAGGAGGAUGACUUGGCUGAUAGACUAAAAGAAGAGAAAGAAAUGGCUGAGGCCAAGAAAAGGGCAGAGGAGGAACAGCUGCAACUGCAGCAGCAACGAGAUGCAUUAAAGCUUUUGUCUGGUCGCUUUGAAAACGGAGCUGAAAAGACUGCAUUGACUGAAGAAGCUAGCAAUGAGAGUAAAGAUAAGGCAAUUGAACAGCAUUAUGAGCGCGAAUCAAGUCAUGAAAACCAGAUAGUUGGUGAUGAGAAUAUGCAAAAUGCUUCUGUUGAUGAAUCAAACACAGCCUUUGUUUCUGCCUCGGAUACACAACAGAGUGGGAAUGCACCAGCAAGAAAGUUGGGUUUUGGUCUUGUUGGAUCUGGAAAGAGGACGACUGUUCCAUCUGUUUUCCAUGAGGAGGAAGAUGAUGAUGCACAGAAGGAGAAGAAAAUGAGGCCUCUGGUUCCCAUUGAUUACUCUAAUGAGGAAUUGGGGGCUGUCCAACCUGGUGCACCUUCACCAAAUUUGGUUGCAGCUGCUGAAUUUGCAAAGCGAAUAUCAAAUGUUAAUCCUAAAGAGGAAAAGCCUGAUUCAGAAAGAGAGCGAACCAAGCGUUCAUAUGAUAAAUCUAGUAGGGAUAAGGACCGUAAUAAUGAGGAUAGAAAUCGCAACAGAGACAAGACCAAAGAGAAAAUCCCUGAUCGGGAUAGAGACAGGGAACAUGGACAUGGUAAGGUGAAAACAACCGAUAACCAGAAGCUUUUGGAUGCCAAACAAUUAAUUGAUAUGAUUCCAAAGACCAAGGAGGAACUAUUUUCAUACGAGAUAAACUGGAAUGUUUAUGACCAGCAUGCAUUGCAUGAGAGAAUGAGACCCUGGAUUUCAAAGAAAAUUACGGAGUUCUUGGGAGAAGAAGAGAAAACUCUGGUUGAUUACAUUGUAUCGAGUACUCAGGAACAUGUCAAGGCUUCCCAAAUGCUGGAGCUGCUGCAGUCUAUAUUAGAUGAAGAGGCAGAGAUGUUUGUGCUUAAGAUGUGGAGGAUGCUGAUAUUUGAAAUUAAGAAAGUGGAGACUGGUCUGGCUUUGCGGUCGAGAUCCUGAUCUAUCUAACAUUGAUGUGUUGCUCUACGGGACUGAGAUUUUUAUUGCAUGGUUAUUAGUUAAUCUUCGCUGGGGAUACCUUUUCUUUUCGAUCUGAAGUAAAUGUAGAUUGAACUUGGGAAUAGGAUUGUUUAGUUUGUAAUAUUAACCCUUUUUCUUUUUCGGCUCUGAUUUCAACCUUUUUGGGCCGCUCUCAAUUGACAUUUGACAGUACCCUCCUACCAUAUGGAAUGAAGUGAUGAUUUUGUUUUU